AACUUGAGUAACUCUAGUUGCAACCAAUAAUACUCUUCCACCACCAACAACGUAUGGCCCUAGAUAUUAAGAUCCUAAUACUUAUUAACCAAAUCUUACCGUAAAUUCAAAUUUUGCUGGUGAAGCUCGCUAGAUAACGUCUGAGAACAUUAGCUAUGGAUCUGGGGGUUGAGAGCAAUGCCAGCGUCAGCGCCAAGUGGAUCAGCGCUCUCUGCUGCCUGACCUUGCUGAACCUCGGCAUGUUCUCACUACACUCACUUACCUUUCGGUGUAGAUGAUCUAACCCCGGUCUCGACUAACUUGCAGGCCAGAAUCAUGCAGUCACUGAUCUCCUCAGCCUCAAGUUUGUAUUACUUGGUGAAUACUGGUCUACGAUACGCAAUACAUCGGGAGAAUUGGAGACACGGCAAACAAGCCUUUGCAAGAGCCUGGGUACGCUGCUACGUAAAGCGUACUUGUCCCAAACAGAUACAACGGAGGUUAGGGAUAAACACGACUAUAAUCUCUGGAAAAGGUCGAGUAGUUUCUUCUACAAUGAAGAAAGGAAUUCGAGCAGCGAGUUCGGGGCCUUUAGCAAAAGUCAAGACAGCUCCUGAACCCCGCCCUAGUUCAAGCAUUAUACUUCUCUCGCCAACAAACCAAGUGCUACUCCUUCACCGAGUGAAGACUUCGACAUCAUUCGCUUCCGCGCAUGUAUUUCCAGGUGGCAAUCUUUCCGACUUUCAUGACGGACCUGUUCUACCAUCUAGUGAUGCUAGGCGUCAUGAAGACUCCCUAGCUUAUAGACUUGGAGCGAUACGAGAGACAUUUGAAGAAAGUGGCAUUCUACUUGCGCGUGAGAGAAGCAAAGAUGGACCAAUGCUUAACCUACCCACCUUAGAGCGCGACGCGGCGCGGAAAGCGAUACACGACAACGAGAUCAGUUUCCGCGAGUGGUUGGUAAGCAUAGGUGGGGUAGCAGACACAGAGGGCUUGCUCCCGUUCACCCGCUGGAUAACACCCCACUGGCCGCCGAAGCGGUUCACCACGCAGAUGUACGUGUACAUGCUGCCGUUAGAGACAAGCUCGGACCCGGUACUCUCAGCGGCGCAGAGCGAGGCGCUGAUACCGACGGCGGACGGCGGGGCCGAAAUCACGGCAGCACACUUCGACGACGUAACGACGUGGCUCGAGAGGCAAAACCGGGGCGACCUGAUUCUUUUCCCACCCCAGUAUUUUCUGUUGCAUCUACUCUCGCAGUUCCUCACGGGCGCGCCAGCGGAACUUCGGCCUUCUGAAACAACGGAGUACUAUCUCGCGCAACGGGAUAAGUUGCGCAUGUUUCUGGAGACCGUGCCUACGACCACGCAUCCCAAGGCUAGGGAACACCCUACCUCGAGCAUCCCCUGGGCAGACAAGGUGAUUAGCCCUGUGACACUAGGCUUGCGAUAUGGAGAUCGAAGAGCUAUCCUGGGGCUUGAUAAGCCCGGUGGCGAGCUUAAGGGAAGCAGCCGAGGUGGCGAUUGGGAGCGGGUUGUUUUAGUCAAGUUUGACAAAGGCGCAGCGAGAAAUGUUGAGGUAAGGGGGAGAGAGGAAGUCCUCGCAGAGGAAAGAGAGGCGAAGGCGAAAGAGGAGGCAUUGUCGAAGUUGUAAUAGUCAAGGUGUAGAAUGUCGUUGCGUAUAUACCUACUAUCUACCUACCUAAGGUAAGCAAGUAGGCAAGUAGGCUGCCGAGUGUGUUUGCCUGUCGUGGGGACUGCCUUGAUGCGAAGCGGCAGUGCUCAGAUUUGUUUUUCCUGUUACUGAGACCUUGAGGCUAGUAAUCUACACUGCCUAUAGAUGUCGAUACGAGCGACCAUGCUCACUAGGUCUCCAGACUUAUUGUGUAAGCGAUUGAUGGUUGGGUAUUGAGGCUUGUAAAGCGUCUGGAAAAAGUCCCCUUGCAUCUGCGCCCUUGGUGGGCGGACUUUUACCUCUGAGUCCGCCUUGAUUGCUGCUUGCUAAUUAGCACCAACG